AUUACAGUCAUAGGAUAACAGUGAUGAAUGGCGAUUCAUCGUACACGUACCUAUCUGAACCUUACUCUGAGAGUUUGAAACAUCAAAUCCAUAGUAAAAAUUUCUAGUAGCAUAUUCAUUCUGCAAUUCAUUACAUCAUCGUGAUAUAUUAUUAAAAAGUAUAAAAACAAAACCAAAUAUAUAAAUAUAUUCUCAUAUAAUGAAGUGGUUUACGGGAAGCAUUAACGAAGCAGUUACGACAUCAAAAUCGAAGAAGGCAGUUUUCGUUGUAUUUGUUGAAGGUAAAGAUGACACAUCGGCAAAACUUGCCCGAACCAUUAAUGCUGCAGAAGUGUCUUCUCGCUUGGAGGAAGAGCAUUUUGUAGCUAUAAGAUUAGAGAGCGGGUCUGAGGCCUAUAGAUUCUUUGCGCAGAUUUAUCAAUUGGUACCAGUACCAUCCUUAUUUUUCAUUGGAGAAAAUGGUACACCAUUGGAGAUUGUUGCUGGUAGCAUAACUACAAUUGAGUUAGUGUCAAAAAUUGAUAAUGUGCUGACAAAGGCAGGAAAGGGUAGUAAACAAUCUUCGUUAAACUUAAUUGACGCAGAACAGAAAGCUACAGCUGCUAGUAGCAGUAGCAAUAAUAAUGCUACUGAAAAUGCUACUGCAUCUAAUAUAAAUGAUAAUAACUCUAAUCCAAACAUAGAUUUAUCUUCAAUUAUCACAGAAUCUGUAAUAGCGGAUAGCUCAAAUGAUAACAAAGAUGUUAUAGAAAAUGCAACAAAGACGACAACAUUAAAUACAGAAAACCAAGACAAUAAUGAUGCAUCAAAGAAAGAUGUUGAAACUAAACAAGCAAGUCAGAAUAAGAACUUGACAGCUGAAGAAAAGAUAGAAAGAGCACGACAGUUAAUCGAUCUUCAACGACAACAACGAUUAGAAGAGGACCAGAAACAGGAACGGAAUCGUGAAAUUGAACGGCGCAAAACGGGGCAAGAUGUGCAAAAAAUGCGACAAAUGCAGCAAGACUUGGAGAUAAAACUAGCUCAUGAGGAGAGAAUGCGAGAAAAGGCUGCAGAGACUGCAGCUCGCGAAAAAGUUAGGCAACAAAUUGCUCAAGAUAAACUAGAGCGGAAACAGAAAGAGCUUGCGCUGCAGCAGCAGAUGCAACAGCAGCAAAGCCAAGAGCAACCUAAACAUAUUCCAGCACCCAGUAAUGCGACUGUGACCAGAAUUCAAUUUAGGUUACCAUCUGGCUAUUCCCAUACAGGACAAUUUGAACCAUCUAGUACUCUGCGCACCUUGCGUACCUAUGUUACAGAAAACAUUGAGUUGCCUUUCCGACAAUUUGCUAUGUCAAUGUCAUUUCCAAGAAGAGAAUUAACUAACGAGGAAAAUGAUAAGACCCUUAUCGAACUUGAAUUGGUCCCAACCGCCGUUAUUUUAAUUCUUCCUUUGAAAAAUCCUAAUGUCACAACAGCGGUCACUUCAACACAAGAUGUCGGCUUCUUUUCGCGCUUUAUAUGGUCCUUUUUCACACCCGUUAUUCGCAUUUACAAUUACGUAGUAGGUUACUUUUCCGGCACUAAUGGAGAUGCGAAUCAACAACGCGGCAAUUCCGGUGAUGAUGCUAUAGGAGCGACAAGUAACCCCGACAGAGCUAUUUCACCGAAUCGGCAAAAUGUAGUUCAGUCUUCGGGUUUAUUUAGAAGAUACUUGGGUAAUCAAGGAGGGACAACUAUCAGGGCACAAGGAAAUAUACACAGACUGCAUUCAGGUGGGGAUGAUAACGAUGAGAAUAAUACUUGGAACGGUAACUCCACGCAGCAAAUGUAAAGUAAUCCUAUUCGAGUCGGGUCACAAGCAGUCACAUUUAAUAGAUCACUUCUCGAUAUAUAAAAUUGCUGCUGUGUUGUAAUUAACAUUCAACACUUUUCACUCUUUGUUGUACAAUCUUUGGUACAACGCUAAAAUCUAUCUGCAAUUUGCACAAGUAUUACGUUUUAAUGAGCGAGUUCUAUCAUAAUGUUUAAAUGUACCCUCUACAUCAAUAGAGCAUUACAAGAGAAUAUAUUUGUUAAAUGAUAUUUUACAAUUAGCAAUAAUGUGAUUAUUAUUUGAAUUAUCAUUAUAAUAUAAUGUUAAUUAUAAUAUUACACAUACUAUUACAAUGUGUUUCUUAUAAUGCUACACCAAUGUAUUCUAACAAAUGGUAGAACAUUUCAAGAGAAUUAUAGUAGUGGAUCAAGUCACAGGCAAUACAUGGACCAAAUGUGUAUAACAAAUUUCAUAGAAAUUAACAAGUAAAUUAUGAAAAUUUCACGUAUAUUUUUAAUUUAAGAGCUUGACAUUUUAAUAUUUAUAUUUGGUACUUUUUUUUUAACCAUGUGUUAAAUUUGAUGAUAAUGCACAGUUUCUAUAAUAUUUGUUUAAUUGAAUUGUCUUUUCUGUCAUUCUAAUUUUGGAUAAGGUAAGGAUGAUAGAAUUUUGACAAAAAAAUAAUAAUGUUAAUUAUAUUAAAAUUCAUGAUAGAACAUAUUUUUUGGUGUUAUAUAGAUUAUAUAAAUUUUAAAAUAUUCGUUAUUUUUUAUUAUACUUAAUAAUAUAUAUGAUAAGGGAAUAAUAUUAUGAGACAAGAUAAUUAACACAUACUUAAUCCGCUUAUAUAAAGGUUUGUAUGCAAACUUAAUAAUAAUUAAGAGUGUUUAUUUUCCGAUGGUAGUUUGUGCACAGCAAGAUAAAUAAUUUAACAAUUAAAAGAUGAGGGGUCUGAUUCUGUCUUAAUACCUAAAGAAAUAAAAGUUUGUGGCAUCGUC